ACCAGCGGGAUCAACAUUCCAUUAAACAUUCCUCUCGCGGGACUGUCCUACCUGAAACAUCGCGAAGUUUUCUGCUAUUUUGUAUUUUGGUGGCAGGCAGAAGGCAGCCAGCAGCACCCCGUGAAGGCAAGUCCAAGAAAGGUGGAGACUCCUGGUUAACUUCCUGCACAAUUAUCUUGAAGCACCACCAAGAGAGAACUCGGAAGGCUGCUGCUGCUGCUGAGGGAAGGACGAAUGGAUACACGGCCCAAUUUACUUCUUGUUCGGCAGUGAAGCGACUAAAGAAGAAGAACAAGAAGAGGGAAAACACUUUGUCGUUGAUUAUACACCUGGCUAGCAGCUAAAGUAGCUAGCAGUGCGGCUGCUGGAUAAGAGAUUCCCAACAUUUGAUAGCGAGGCGUUGCGAAGGACGGGAAUGGAGGUUGUGGUGGAGUAUGAGUACGACGCGCUCCAUGAGGACGAGCUGACCCUGCGACUUGGUGACAUCAUCAGAAAUGUGCGGUAUAUAGAGGAGGAUGGCUGGAUGGAGGGAGACCUCAACGGGAAAAGGGGCCUCUUCCCCGACAACUUUGUUAAGGAACUGAAGAAGGAAACCAAAGAGGUCAAGGAAACUAAGAGCGAGCCAAAAGAGGAGACCUCACUGGCUCCAAGGAGAGAGAAGAGUGCAGGGAACGUGGCCAACUUGGUUCAGAGGAUGAGCACUAUCGGCAUCCCAACUGGUGGCUUCCAGCCUCAGCCACCAGCAGCUGCAAAGAAGCCCAAGAAGCGACAGUGCAAGGUGCUGUUUGACUAUCAGCCAGCGAACGAUGAUGAGCUGGAGCUGAAAAGCGGAGACAUCAUCGACAUCACUGAAGAGGUUGAAGAGGGUUGGUGGAGUGGCAACUUAAACGGCAAGUCAGGGCUGUUUCCCUCCAACUUUGUCAAAGAGCUGGAUGCCACGGGAGAGGACGGAGAGUCCAACGACACGGCAGCGGAUGAGACUAAUGGAAGUGGAAUGGAAAGCACCGGCACCCCCACAUCGCCUCAGCCUGCCUCAGGGAACGGAGUUAUUGCUCAGCCCAAGAAGAUCCGAGGUGUCGGCUUUGGAGACAUUUUCAGAGAAGGUUCAGUCAAACUAAAGGUCCGACUGCCAAGCCCCGAAACAGAGGAUACGGAGGAGCAAGUACCGCCAAUCCCAUCAUUACCAUCUGCUGCAAAGCCUGCCCAUCCCAACAUGACAGACUCGCAGCGAUCAGACGGAGACGGCAAAUCCAAAGGAGCAGCAAAAGAGUACUGCAAGGUCACUUUUACGUUUAAGGCUACAAAUGAGGACGAGCUGAGCCUGAAAGAGGGUGACAUCAUUCACAUCCUGACCAAGGACACAGGAGAGCCCGGCUGGUGGCGAGGGGAAAUCGGGGGCAAAGAAGGUGUCUUCCCUGACAACUUUGUUGUCAUGCACUCUGAAGCAGAGAAAGAGAUGCCCACGUCGAGAGGGUCUGUGAAAUCAUCACCUAAGCAGGAGUCUGAAGAGAAGCCGAAGAAGCCACCUCCACCAUCAAAAAGCAUAGCUCUCAAGCCGGACGUUCCCAGUGCAGAGAAGAAGCCUCAUCCCAUCAGGCCAGAGGACAGAGUUGACAGGCCAGAUCACAAACCAUCCAAGCCCGCAGCGCCGCUGGUCCCGCCCAAAAAGCCGGUCCCCCCUCCCGGGAAAGGCAGACCAGGAAGCCUCCCACCAAAGAGGCCUGACAAGCCUCUUGCUCCCUCACCAAACCUCAGGCACAAUGGAGAGGUGCCUUCCACACGACCAAAGUCCGACUACGAGCUGUUACUGUCCACUAAACCCAAAACGCUGUCAGGAGACUUGGGGGAGAAGUCCUCGGAUGUGGCAGAUCUGAUGAGUUUUGAUGAGUUGUCGUCUACCUCGGAGAAGCUCUCUCACCCCACUGCUAACAGACCAAAGAUGCCUGGCAGGAGGCUGCCUGCCCAGUUCAGCGGUGGACAUUCGCCCAGCAAGGAAGUGAGUGUGGAGAAAUCCUUCAAGAUCGAUGAAGAGGAUGCAGCCAAACCAAAGCUAACAGAAACCAGAAAGCCUUCUGCAAACACUUUGUCCCAUUCACCAUUGCUCCACAAGCCAACUCCGACCAUCACCGAGUCCAAGCCGAGUCCCACAGGAGUCACAUGCUCAGACGGCGCAUCACUGUCCAGCAGGGCCCGGACGGAGCCUGAAGAGCCCAGCUCCCAGCUGGAUGAGCUGAGGAACCAGAUGAAGGAGCUGCUGCUUUCUGUGGAGCUGCUCAAGGCCCAGCAAAUGAGAGAGAUAGCGGAGCUACGAGGGGAGCUGGAUGAGGAGAGGCUAAAGCGCGUAGCCCUGCAGAUGGAAAUAGAAAAACUAAAGCAGGCUGUCCACUCAACAUGAAGGCCAUGUUCCAUUCAACAGCAAGCCUCAAGGUCAGCUGCUGGCCUCUCGACCAAUCAGAGAGCAGGAGGGUGGCUUUGGGCGGAGAGAGGGUGGGGAAUCAGAUGAACCACCAUGAGCACAAUCCACUUCCAUAAAAUUUUCUACAUAAAUAAACUCUCCCCGUCUUUGUAAGAGUUACAUUUUGCACAUUUUAUUUUCAAGCUAGAUGUAAUUAAGUUAGAGAUGUAUAUGUUUCUCAUUAUUUCUUUCUUUGUUGUUUUUUUUUUUUUUUUAAUUUUGCCAACACAAAAAAAAACAAACUGAGGCCUUAAUUCAAACUAUUGUGCAGGGCAAUGCUGCCACUCACGCUCUCUCCCCUUCACUCCGGUGUUCCUUGAACCCCCCCCCCCCCCCCCCCAGGAAGGAGGUUCACUCUCAGUACUACUGACUUUGUACAAAGUUAAGGGGCGCUCAUUUUCCUCGCCUCAUUUUCUCUUUCACUAUUUUUUAUGAUGCACAGAUAGUUAAUUUUAAAAACAAGAAAACAUUUGAUUUGAAACUACAUCUUUUGAUCCUGACAGCAAAUUGUUUUCCUUUCCUACAUGGCACUCGCCAGCAGUUCUCUGCUCAGUGGCUGCAGCGCUUUGCGGAGAGUUCUGCUUUCAUAUUUCUUUGUCUUUUAUAUCUAGCAUUCCUAUCCAGGGUAACACUACUGUGCCUGUUAAAAACAAAAGUAAGUGUUUGUAAUGGGAGCUUACAUAUACCAUGAUGGUGUCUGGAAAUUUUGAAGCAUGAUAUUGUAUAUCUAUAUUUUUAAGUCUACUGACAUGCCUAGUCAAAUACUAUAUAGAGGGCCUCUUCUAUGCUGGUCUCUUCUAUUUUUGUCAAGCUGUUUUGCCUGCAGGGAAUGUUCAAACAGGUAUAGUUAUAGAGUUAUGGUCUGCAGCUUAUGUGGUCAGAAUCCAUGUGCAAAAAAUAUAUAAAAAAUUUAAAGAUAAUUAUUUAAUGGAAGAGAAAAUAUGCAUUCUUUCAUUACACAUGGUUGCUGAUCAGUAUGUAGGCAACAAAAUGGCGUCAUUACGAUCAAUGUGCUUUUCCUUUCUUGUUUUUAAUCUGGCCACCAUCCCUCCAACAACCCAUUUUACUUCCUCCUAACUUUCCUCUGAUCCCUCUUUGAUCCAAAGUGAAUCUUAUAAUCAGCUCUGUUUUAUGUUAUGCAUGAGCCUGCACAGCAUUAUCAGUUGUCUUAACCUUAUUGUACAUGUCUGUCAUAUCUUCCCACAUUCCAAGUACAAAAGUUAAGCUAACUGGAAGCGCACAGUGGAGAGCAGCGGUAAUAACAAAAUCAAAUCACAUUCUCCUUAUUCUCACUCAAUUUGAGGAGGAAUGAAGACCCAUUUGUGUAGUUUUAAUGUAAAAUGAUAUCGUUUUUUGAAUUAUUCUUGUGGAAAAAAAAAAAAGAUAAUCCCCGUGCCAAUUUGUGUAUGCCACGUUAGAACCACAGCUCUGGAGAAUGCACUCACCAUCAGUCUGCCAGACAGUUAAUCAGUCCACCUCUUUGGUACAGACCAAGUAUAAACCCACUGUGACAUCACCUGUUGAGUUUUUGGACUACUAUUUUAAAGUCUUGAGUUUUGCGUUACAGCUGUCACCAUCUUGUUUUUGGAGCCAGAAGUGACCAUAUUUGGACAAGAGGGUGGAGCUGGGGAAGAUGUUACUACCCCUUGAUCCUGAUUGGAUCUGACUGAGAAUCUGAGGAACGAUUGUCAAGGUAGCCAUGCCCUACUUUAUUUUAUUAUUGAUUUUAUUUUACUCUAAAUAGGAUGAAUAAUUACUAAAUGAAGACAUGAAAUUAUUAACUGAGACCAUAAACCCAUUGUUUACUAAGGGAACAAAUCAAAAGUUAGGUCACUUUCUCAUAAGUGUAUAUACAGACUUCUCAAAUAGUGGCCCUGCUGGCCAGUAGAAGGAAUGCAAGUUUAAAGUGGUUGAGCAUUGGCUUUACUUUUCAGAAGUGGAAACUAUCCAUAUUUUAUUCCGUAAGUGGUCCAAUCUGAAAUAUGGAUAAAUACUGGAAUAAAUUUGUACAGACACUCUUGGUCAAAGAGGAUGAAUCCCAAGGUUCUUCUCUUUUUUUCUUUCCUCAUGUAACUUCACCAACAGGUCACAGUUUCAAAUUAUUCAGUGAAAUGUCUCAAUAUCUAACUGGUGCUCUGACCCAAAAUAUCUUUACCAGAUGAUGUAUCCUUAAGACUGACAAUCCUUUGACCUUUUAUCUAGUGUAACUAACACGAUAAACCAAGUUGUUGGACAUGGCAAACCGUCAGCAUGUUAGUAUUAAUGCCUGACCAAUUAGUUUAAAAUAAACAGGUACCAAUGGAUGUAAAUUUUCUUCGUAAGGGACCACUCUGAAAUGGAGAUUUUACAGAACUUAAAUACGCUCUGCAAACAAAAAAGUUAUUUGUGCUUUUUCAAAACAUAUCUUUUGUUUCAUAUAAGUAUUUAGCUCAAAAUAAGAACUACAACUUCACAGAGCUGCUAACAUGGCUGAUUCUUGAUGAUCAUGAUUCUACCACCAAGACUUGCCAACGGUUAUAAUGUAAAUUUUUUUACACAGAGGGGCUUUAAGGUGAAGCUUAAACAGAAAAGGAUUUUUUUUCUUUUUGUUUAUUUCAAAAGCAUUUCAGCAGAACAGAGCUGCAGCUGCCCUUCUGGAAGCUAAUCCUUUUUAACAUCUGAAUUCUUAUGACUGCUAACAAAAUUUGGGGCUGCAGAAAUGACGAGUCCAAGUCCAGCUUAAGCUUUGUAGGAUGUGAGUCUCUCUCAGUUGGUUCCAACUUGUAGCCCUGAGCUCUGAAUGUGCAGCUGGGCUGAUGAACAGCUUAUUUCUGUGUUGAGAUGGUUUUGAAAGAUGAAAGCCAGUCAAGUACCAGUGUAACCCCCUCUGGCCUUGAAAAGGGGUUUGGACAAAAGCUUCAGUCCAGACUAUUGGUCACCAUGUUUAUAGAUUUCCAAAUCAAAUGUUGUGUAACUCUCUCACAUCUACUGUGUACCAUGAAUACAAAUACUGGUUACUGUUAUUCCUGUUUUUUUAUUUUCUCUGUGCGUGUCUCACAAAUGUCUUAAAAAAGUGUUACUUUGCUUUUAAAUCAUCCUCAGGCUACGUCGCAUGUGUUCUGUGUGUGUGCGUGUGUGUGUGCACGUGUGUGCGAGUGCAUGUCUGCCAGUAUCUGCUUACAAAACAUUCAGGUGUACCAGUGUCCAUGAUGUUAAAUUCUGGACUCCAGAGUGCUUUGUCCAAGUUGACGUAGUAUAUCUGACCUUAAUGAGCAGGGCACUCAUGCGGUAUGUUGAUGCCUAACAUAAAACAAACUUCCUUUGAGCACAACUGCUCUUUAACAACAUGGCUGGGCGAUGAAAUAAACACAGUGUGGGAAAGAGGGGCCAGGGACCUUUGGUGACAGCUCUUCAAGUAAAAUCUGUACCUGCAGUUUAUCUUCUACAUAUUGUACAUUCCAGAGUUUGACAUCGAGAAAAGAAGAAAUCUGUGCACAUUUAUUGCAUUUUCAAGUGAUUUUGUUUACAAGAGCUGUAUCCUUGCAUGAGCUAAGAUUCUUCUCCAAAAUGAAUAAAUAUCUUUAUUUACUA